UACAAUUUGUUAGGACCAACCCAUUUCACCUCUGUCUUCUUUCCUUUUCUGGAGACAUUCCGAAUUUCACCCUAAUUUUGACUUUUUCUUCUCUGCAGGUCGUCCAUUUCCUCAAUGAUCUUCAGUGAACUCAGUUUCCUUUGGAGGUGAAAAAUAAGUCCGACGUCACACCGCUCUUCCAUCAGAACCGUUUGAAUUGAGUUGCAUAAUGCCAUCUCUCCAAACAGCAUUACCCCCUGAACUUGCCAACAACGCCAUCCGACUUUAUCGAGAGUGUCUACGACGAGUAAAAUACGUUGGCAGUAAGCAAUAUAACACACAGCUUCUUGUUGGUAUGGUGAGACAACAGUUCAAAAAGCAUAUGCAUGAGACUGAUCCAGAUAAAAUUCAGAAAUUGAAGGAUGAUGCCGCGAGGGGGCUUAUAAAUCACAUGCUGCAUGAAUCUGAGAAGAUGACUGGCCGGAAAUUCAGCCAGGGUUCUUGAAAUCGCCUGCUAGCGAAAUAUCAAUGCAGAGACAACAAAGUCAUACUCUAAAUUUUGUCGCAUCUCGCUAUUAAGGCUUAACUUUUUCCUUUCUACCUUCGCCCAACCUUUGGUUGUCGGCUUUUAUCACUUUUUUUGGGCAGAAGUUUUUAGACUACCUUCUCCAUAUCUUUGUGAGUAGAAAAACAUUCAUCAGUAAUACAUAUAAACUGUAGUGUCUCAAUUGAUAAAGUAUUUAAAUGAUGAGUAUGAUUGCGUUAGUUUUUUCUUCGUAAA